GUCGCCUUCAGCACAGAUGCUUGGAAUCAGGACACAGAAGUGAACCUUCUCCUCUCUUCCUGGGAUUUCCUGCCUUCCCGUCACUCUGGGACGCGCUAUUUGCCCCGAACGUCGCUUCCGAAUAGAAGACCCCCCCGCGCCGCCCCCCCACACAUCCCCUCGUAUUGCGAUUUGCACGGGAAGAAGCAUGAAGAGCAGCUCGGGAUCCAAGGAUUUGCCCACCUAGAUGGACCCCCGUCGUUUUCUGGAUGCCGAUUAUUCCUGCAUGGAUUUUACCGACCAACGAGCUGAGCCGGUGAUUUCCGAGAACCUUUGAGGGUCGCUGACGCCUGUGGUCCCCCCCGCCGUCCAACCGCUUCCUAUAGGAUUCCAAUGGCCCCUGUUCCCCCCACCACGGGGGAAGGCGGCUUCACACAUUUACCUUCUGGCUACAAAACUUCGCACCCGGCUCCGAGCGCCGACCUUCUGCGCAGACCCAGCUACUGCCACGCCGCUUUCGCACUUAAACAGAUCGCCAAGGGUAAGGCGGUAGGCCAGAAGGCUCCUCUUUGGCUCCGGGCUCAGUUCCAGGCGCUGCUCUUCUCCUUGGGAUGCUCCAUCCAGAGGCAUUGCGGGAAAGUACUAUUUGUUGGACUUUUGGUUUUUGGUGCUCUGGCUGUGGGCCUGCGUGUGGCGUCCAUCGAGACAGACAUCGAACGGCUGUGGGUGGAAGCCGGGAGCCGAGUUAGCCAGGAGCUCCGGUACACGAAGGAAAAGCUGGGCGAGGAAUCGGUCUACACGUCUCAAAUGCUGAUCCAGACUACGAAGAAGGAAGGAGAGAACGUACUGACUCAGGAAGCCAUGAUGAUCCACCUGAACGCCGCGCUGGCCGCCAGCAAAGUGCAGAUCUCCAUGUAUGGAAAGUCGUGGGAUCUGAACAAGAUUUGCUACAAGUCUGGUGUGCCGAUUAUCGAGAACGGGAUGAUUGAGCGGAUGAUCGAAAAACUGUUCCCUUGUGUGAUCGUCACUCCACUGGACUGCUUCUGGGAAGGGUCACAACUACAAGGAGGCUCCGCCUACUUACCGGGAAGGCGGGACAUCCAAUGGACGAACUUGGACCCGAUGCAGCUGAUGGAGGAACUCGGUCAGUUCACCAGUCUGGACGGCUUCAAAGAAAUGCUGGACAAGGCGGAGGUGGGACAGGCGUACAUGGAACGUCCGUGUCUCGACCCCACCGACUCCGAGUGCCCGGACAGCGCCCCCAACAAGAAGUCACAAAAGAUCCCGGAUAUCGUCGCCACGCUCCAGAACGGCUGUCACGGCUUUUCCAAGAAGUUUAUGCACUGGCAGAAGGAUCUCAUCAUGGGUGGCAUGUCGAAGGGGGCGAACGGAGAGCUGAAGAGUGCUGAAGCUCUGCAGACCAUGUACCUCCUGAUGAGCCCCGGUCAGCUCUAUGAGCAUUUCAAAGAUGACUACGAGAUCCACGACAUCAACUGGAACGAGGAGAAGGCGGCGGCCAUCUUGGAGGCGUGGCAAAGGAAAUUUGUUGAGCAAGCGCAGCAAUCCGUCGGGCAGAACGCCUCGCAGGACAUCCACGCCUUUUCCACCACCACCUUGAAUGACAUCAUGAAGUCCUUCUCUGACGUCAGCGUCAUCCGCGUCGCCGGCGGCUACCUGCUGAUGCUGGCGUAUGCCUGUGUCACCAUGCUGCGCUGGGAUUGCUCCAAGUCUCAGGGCGCGGUGGGUUUGGCCGGCGUCCUCCUUGUGGCCCUAUCCGUGGCCUCGGGCCUGGGGCUCUGCUCUCUGCUCGGGAUCUCCUUCAACGCCGCAACCACCCAGGUCCUUCCCUUUCUUGCUCUGGGGAUCGGCGUGGACGACAUGUUCCUCUUGGCGCACGCCUUCACCGAAACCGGCCGCAGUACCCCAAUUAAGGAAAGGACGGGCGAAUGUCUCCGGCGUACCGGCACCAGCGUGGCUCUGACUUCCAUCAAUAACAUGAUUGCCUUUUUCAUGGCGGCUUUGGUGCCGAUCCCGGCCCUGAGGGCCUUUUCUCUGCAGGCGGCUGUGGUGGUCGUAUUCAAUUUUGGGAUGGUGUUGUUAAUAUUUCCGGCCAUCUUGAGCUUGGACCUGCAGCGUCGGGAGGACCAGAGGUUGGAUAUUCUCUGCUGCUUCUACAGCCCCUGCUCUACCAGAGUAAUCCAGAUUCAGCCUCAGGAGGUCCCUGAUGCCAAUGACAAUCACACAUACCACCCAUCACCGUAUGGCAAUCCCACCAUCACUACCAGUACCCAGAUCACCACCACUGUGCAGGCCUUCACUCAGUGCGACUCCUCUGGGCACCACAUUGUCACCAUCCUGCCGCCCACCUCCCAGAUCUCCACUUCGCCGUCGGUUGUCAUACCCACAAUGGAUCCUCUUGGCUCCCAGGUGUUCAGCUCCAGUUCCACUCGGGAUCUGCUGGCCCAGAUGGAUGACGCCAAAGCAGGCCGAGAGUGCGUUCCGCUGCCUUUCCUGAAGUGGAGCCUCUCCCAGUUUGCUCGCGAGACGUACGCCCCUCUGCUGCUCAAACCCGAGACCAAGGGCAUUGUGGUGGCCUUGUUCAUGGCACUGUUGGGCCUCGGCCUGUAUGGAACCACCAUGGUCCACGAUGGUCUCUACCUGACCGACAUUGUCCCACGAGAGACCAAAGAAUACAACUUCAUCUCCGCCCAGUUCAAAUAUUUCUCCUUCUACAACAUGUUCAUCAUUACCAAAGGCGGCUUCGACUACCCGAAAGCCCAGGCGUCGCUCUACGAGCUUCAUGAGUCCUUCGAUUCUGUCCGAUUCAUCGUACGGGAAGAAGGGAGGGAGCUGCCCAAAAUGUGGCUCCAUUACUUCCAGGACUGGCUGAGAGGUCUCCAGGCCGCCUUUGACAAAGACUGUGAAUCCGGCCGCAUCACGCCAGACAACUACCGCAACGGCACGGAAGACGGAGUCCUGGCCUACAAACUUCUCAUUCAGACCGGGAAUAAGAAAGAUCCCUUUAAUCUCGAUCAGCUCACCGGCCGGCGUUUGGUAGACGGGAACGGCCUCAUCCCUCAGGACGCCUUCUACAUCUACCUAACGGUUUGGGUCAGCAACGACCCCCUGGGCUAUGCCGCCUCCCAGGCGAAUUUCUACCCCCCGCCGCCCGAGUGGAUCCACGACCGAUACGACACGACCGGGGAGAACCUGAGAAUCCCAGCGGCAGAACCCAUCGAGUUUGCCCAAUUUCCAUUCUACCUCAACGGCCUGCGCCAGACGUCGGACUUUAUCGAGGCGAUCGAGAGCGUGCGAUCGGUGUGCGAUGAGUUCGCCAAGCAAGGAGUGUACAGUUACCCCAGCGGGUACCCGUUCCUCUUCUGGGAGCAGUACAUCGGGCUCCGGCACUGGUUCCUCCUGGCCAUAAGCAUCGUCUUGGCUUGUACCUUCUUGGUGUGCGCCAUCCUCCUGCUCAACCCCUGGACCGCUGGCAUUAUUGUCUUCGUCUUGGCUAUGAUGACGGUGGAGCUGUUCGGAAUUAUGGGUCUCAUCGGCAUUAAGCUGAGCGCCAUUCCCGUGGUCAUUCUCAUCGCUUCCGUCGGCAUCGGCGUUGAGUUCACCGUCCAUGUGGCUCUGGGUUUCCUCACCGCAAUCGGCGACCGGAACCAGCGUUCGGUCCUGGCUCUGGAACACAUGUUCGCUCCGGUGUUGGACGGCGCCAUUUCCACCCUUCUCGGGGUCCUGAUGCUCGCAGGGUCUGAAUUCGAUUUUAUUUUAAGGUAUUUCUUCGCGGUUCUCACCAUCCUCACCAUCCUGGGACUGCUGAACGGCCUGGUACUGCUGCCGGUGCUCCUCUCUCUGAUUGGUCCGCCUGCGGAGGUGACUCCCGCAGACAACGGCGACCGCCUGCCCACCCCGAGCCCGGAGCCGCCCCACCUCAACCACCACACCUUCUACGUCUGCCGCAAGUCCGGAGGGAAGGAGGGGCUCAGCGACAUGGAGGAAUCCUCGGAUUAUUACUCCGAGACCACCGCCACCUCCGGGAUCGAGGAAGACGAUCCGCAACUCUACGAGCGCAGCGCUUACAUCAUUCCCCCCAAACCCCCGUCGCACAUCCUGCUGGAGGCCAGCGAGAACCCCACCUACCCCAAAAUCAUGUUGGUGAAGCCUUGUAAAGGGAGCCAAGACGAUUCCCCCAAAGACGGCGACGGUCGCGCCGAUCCCCUUCCGCCGCCGGAAUUAACCCGGAGCGCCGGGCCGGACCUAAAAGACUUUCAGGAGGCGAGAGACUGGAGAAAGAGGCAUCAGCCGCCUCCCGCCUCACAGGGGCCCCAUGCAUGGACUAAGCAGGCUCCCAGUUCUAGGACUCAACACAGGCCCCAAGGUCACAGGACUGCCCCCCCGGCCUACUGCGCCAAAGUGACCGGGCCGAGCGGCUCCAUCACCACGGUGACCGCCACCGCCUCGGUGACCGUCGCCGUUCACCCCAACUUGCCGGGAGCCGUGCCGAGUUACAGCCACAGCGGCUUCGAGGACAGUACAGAGCACAAACCCGCGUGGGGGCGGAGCAAAUGCAACCAGGUGGAAGUGUACGAGUUGGAGGAUCUAAAGCAAGACCGGAGACAAGAAGGGCCCUCCGCUGUGCACUAGGUGACUCCUCCCAUACGACAAGCUCCACCCACCCCCUGUAUAUAAACCCAACAGGAACUUGUACAGAGAAAAUAAAAGGACACUGAUUAUAAAUAUUCUAAUAAUAUUAUUAAUACAAGAGAAGUAUUAGAGACGACAUCCUUUAUAUUUUAAUAUGGAAAUCAACAGAAAAAUUCUAUUUAAUAAGCUGACGAUGAUAAUGUACUGUGAGGGGGAGGGGCGCUGCUCGCCGGAGGCGGAUACGGAAGAGGCAGCGACCCCUCCCCCCACCGACAUCUACGAUCGACCCCUCCCCCCACCGACAUCUACGAUCGACCCCCCCUAUUUAACCCGCCAAUCAACUCGCCAAUCUUGCUGCUAAUGUUAACGUUCUGAUGCUGGAGUGGAAUUGGAGGAAAAGAAAAGAAAAACACGGACUUUACCGCCAUGACGGCGCAAUGACGGCGUUCUACGCAGUGUGCCUUCCCGAUGAAGAAAAGCCCCUCCCCCCCACCCUGAGAAAUGUACACGUUAUGAAAUGUUUUGGUUGUAUGUUCUGCAUAGUGAGGAUUGUAUUUUACCGGCAAUCGCAGAUUCCUACAUGGCGUCCCGCAGGGGCGCUAGAUCUGCUGCGGACUGAGGCUAACCUCUUGUCAAUUAUUUGUAAGAUAUUUAUUAAACGUGUUAAUCGGCCGCGUCACGUGAGCGGAUCGCGCUGUCGCCAGCGGCAGGCACCACUUGUUUCUAUGGAGUCUCUCUCUCGCCAGCCGGGCCAAUCACAGGGGAGCAAUUCCAUAGAGAACAAUGGUGGGCUCUGCUGGGCGAUGGCGGCCAUUUAUAGAGCGGUCAGCAAGAGGUUAAUCUCACUCUGUAACACGCGAUAAAAAGUUCUGUGAGAUGAGAAGAAAUUCAGGUCUGUAGUCCGGAGAAUUCUCAUCUAUGGGGGGAGGGGGGGGGGCUGACAAAUUCCCACAUAGAUCCUCAAUUGUGUCCCAAAUUCCCACAUAGAUCCUCAAUUGUGUCCCAAAUUCCCACAUAGAUCCUCAAUUGUGUCCCAAAUUCCCACAUAGAUCCUCAAUUGUGUCCCAAAUUCCCACAUAGAUCCUCAAUUGUGUCCCAAAUUCCCACAUAGAUCCUCAAUUGUGUCCCAAAUUCCCACAUAGAUCCUCAAUUGUGUCCAAAAUUCCCACACAGAUCCUCAAUUGUGUCCCAAAUUCCCACAUAGAUCCUCAAUUGUGUCCAAAAUUCCCACAUAGAUCCUCAAUUGUGUCCCAAAUUCCCACAUAGAUCCUCAAUUGUGUCCCACAUUCCCACAUAGAUCCUCAAUUGUGUCCCACAUUCCCACAUAGAUCCUCAAUUGUGUCCCAAAUUCCCACAUAGAUCCUCAAUUGUGUCCCACAUUCCCACAUAGAUCCUCAAUUGUGUCCCAAAUUCCCACAUAGAUCCUCAAUUGUGUCCCAAAUUCCCACAUAGAUCCUCAAUUGUGUCCCAAAUUCCCACAUAGAUCCUCAAUUGUGUCCAAAAUUCCCACAUAGAUCCUCAAUUGUGUC